CGGAAAUGAACCUGCUUUCAAUGCAGAAGGGCUGAGUCGUAACACGAUGUCUGGCCAGCCGGUACUGCGGGUGAACGCGGCGUUUGCUGCACGUUAUGGGAAGUACCGGCGUCGCGAGGAGCUGCAGCGGCUGCAGGACAAAUAUGGGGAAGAGGAGGAAGUCUCGAGUUCCCAGUCGGCGUCUAGCGAAGAGGAGGAACUUGACCCCAAACUGGAUCGUGCUUUUUAUUCCAUGUUAGGCUUAUUAAAAACAAAGGAUCCCCGAAUUUAUCAAAAGAACGUCACUUUCUACACUGAGGAAGAUUCUUGCUCAGUCGCUGUUUGUAAGAAGAGUUCCACAAAGAAGAAAGAAAAACCCAUGUUACUUAAGGAUUAUGAGAGAAAAGUUAUGGUGGAGAAGGCAGGCAAAUAUGAAGAUGAAGAGGAGGAAGAAGAAGAGAUAACAGUUAAAAAGCAACUUACUUAUGUAGAGGAACAGAAGGAGCUGAAGGAAAGCUUCCGAAAGUUUGUGGCAGAAAGUGAUGAAGAAGAAGGUGACAAUGGCAAUUUUUCAGCCCUACUGCAGAAACGGGUUAAAAGUAAGGAAGAGAAAGAACACGAGGAAGCAGACUAUAUCAGCUGGUUGAAAGGUCAAAAGAAGCUAGAAGCAGAGACUGAACUUCAAGAUCUGAUACCACUGAAAAUAUACUGGAAUGACCCAAAACUGGAUGAAGGAGAGCAGUUUCUGAGAGAUUAUAUCUUAAGCCAAUGUUAUAAAAGAAGCAGUGAGGAGGAGCAGGAACAGGAGUGUCAACAGAAAGGGCCACCUGGGAUCCAACUGGCUGUUUCAGACUCAUCAGAUGAGGGUGAAUUCUUCUUAAAGAAGCAAGAGGAUUUUGAGCGCAAGUACAACUUUCGUUUUGAGGAACCUGAAGCACAACAUGUAAAAACAUAUCCCCGCAUUAUUGCAACAUCUGUGCGUCGAAAGGAUGAGCACCGCAAAGAGAAGCGCCAAGAAAUACGGGAGCGCAAGAGAAAAGAGAGGGAACAGAAGCAGCAGGAGCUGAAGCAUCUGAAGAACCUGAAGCGUCAGGAGAUCUUGGAACGACUAGAGAAGCUACGUAAGAUCGUUGGUAGAGCAGGUAACAGUUUUCAAGAAAGUGACCUGGAAGGAGACUUUGAUCCCCACCUGCACGACCAACUCAUGGAGAAUUAUUUUGGGGAUGUGUACUAUGGAGUUGGUGAGAAAGAGAAACCACAAUUUGAAACUGAAGAAGGAACUGACGAUGAAUGGAAUUGGGACAAGUGGACUGGAAGGGAUGAUGGAAUGUGGCGGCAGCAGCAGCAGCAGGAGGAAGAUCACCAACCAUACUGUGAGGACCCUGACUUUGUGAUGGAUGCAAAUUAUGAUCCCUCUCAGCAACCAACUCAUUCCAAAAAGAAAAAGAAGCUGGAGAUUCCUCCAGGAAAGAAGAAGUGCAAGUCACCUUUUGCAGAAGCCAUCUCUCAGGAAAAAAAGCCAUUUGACCCUGAAACAAAGACAUUUGAACAAUAUUUGGAUGAGUUCUACCACUUGGAAUAUGAGGACCUGAUAGGGGACCUUCCUUGUCGUUUCAAGUACCGCACAGUUGUUCCCUGCAACUAUGGACUGUCAAUUGAUGAGAUUUUGGCUGCUGAUGAUAAAGAAUUGAAUCGCUGGUGUUCUCUACGGAAGACCUGCAUGUACAGAUCAGAAAAAGAAGAGUUGCAGGAGAAGGCGGUCUAUGAAAAGAAAAAUCAAGAUGCUUGGAAGAAGAAACAGAUUUUCAAAUCUCUUCAAACAGGAAUGGAAAAAGAAAAAGAUGGAAAGGAAUUUCAGCCCAAGAAAAGAAAAAAGAACAGGGAGACCAAGUGUUUUGGGCACUCUUCAAAAGAAAUACAGCUGGUUAGUGCUGGCUGUAAGAAGAAAGGACAUUUGUUUCCCAAGACCAUAAUAGAUUCUGUUACAGGGAAAGAAUUUGACACUCCUGCCUCAAAUGGCUCUUGUUCUAUGCCCCCCAGAGUUCAGAGAUCAAAAAAGAGAGGCAGAAAGGGGUUGGUAUUGGGCACCAAGAUACGGAUGAAAGGCUCAGAGUUCAGUUGCCAGAGGCUUCAAGCCUAUGGUCUCAAUCCCAAGGGCUUACGUUAUCGCCAGCUGCUUCGUGAGAAGAGGCGGAAGAAGCAAUAGGGGGGGAGGAGGGACAGUCAUAUUUGGCCCAUCAAGGGACCAAGCAGUGUCAUCUACUUUGAUUUCAGACUUCAGCCUCCUUUUCUUGAUGUGGAGUCUGUUAAUAGUGGCUUCUAGGUGGGCUUUAAACUGUACCGCUUUGAUUUUUGGGAAAUAUGGAUCAAAUUGAUGAUAUUUUAAUGCAUUUGCUGCCUUUAUAUUUUGUAUCGACUUUGAGUAAAGAAUCCAUUGCAGCAGCUAAUCCUAUGUUAUUCCUUUUGAUCACUUCCACUUGUAUACUAGGAGGGCCACUGCAUUGCAAAGUACCUUAUUCAUAACUCUGACUUAAUAUUAAAAAAAAAUCUCUGGGAGAUUGUGAAAUGAAAA